CCUGAUUUAAUCAAAAAGCCCUCAAAAUGGCAGUCCCAUAUACCGAAGACUGGACCUCGCUCUCCAAGCCCAACAGUGAGCUAGAAGCGAUUCUAUCGUCUCUAGGAGAUUGCAAACUCGUCAAGCCUGAUACGACCCUUGACUCGCUCCGCGCCGCUGCCGAGUGUCGUCCAAGCUCCGAACUAUGGCCUGAAGUUGUAGAGCACGACAUUGAAAUUCCGGUCCGAGAAGGGACCUUCAAUCGUGCGAGAGUCUACAGUCCAGUGAACUCGAGUCCCGAGGGCAAAUCGCUUCUAGUAUAUGCUUUUGGGGGAGGAUUUGUGAUGGGGAAACUUGAGAUGGAAGAGAUGAAUUGUCGGACGUGGGCCAAGAAGUUUGGAGGGGUGGCUGUGAGUAUUACUUACAGAGUGUGCCCUGAGAAUGCCUGGCCGACUCCAAUUGAGGAUGUCUACGAUGUUGUGAACUGGAUUGGGACCAAUAGCAAAGACCUCGGUGCCGAUCCCGCCAAGGGUUUCGUACUUGGUGGCACUUCAGCAGGGGCGGUAGCAGCAAUUACUGUCUCUCAUCUUCGGCGAGAUGAACGUCUUACUCCACCUCUCACUGGUCUGCAUCUGGGAGUACCUGCUCCGUGUAUCGUCUCCUCACUUCCAGCGAAAUACCGGGAAAAAGAGAAGUCGUGGGAGCAAAAUAUGAAUGCGCCAAUCUUUAACGUUGAAGUCAGCGGUUUUCUAUCUAGACACGUUGAUUACAAGCCAUUCGAUCCUCUGCGUUCCCCCUUGCUCUUUCCCACUGGCCAUAAAGACUUGCCUCCGACUUACUUCAUUAUUGCUGGAGCUGACCCCUGGAGAGACAGUGGUUUGAUUUAUGAACAAGUAUUGAGAGAAGAGUGUGGAGUAAAAACCAAGGUUGAUGUGUAUCCUGGAUUGCCUCAUGGCUUCUGGCAGAUAUUUUCUGCGGCAGGCUUCUCGAAGGAGUGUAGAGACAAGUCCGACGACGGACUGGAAUGGUUGCUCCGCCAGUGUGAAUGA